GUGAACUGGGUCAGCGAAAGGCCAAGGUCAGGUGAAAGAUGACCCAAGGACUCGGUCAGUAUGCACGUGAACCAAUGGCCAGGCUGUUGGUGACCUUGAUGACCUUUCAAAUGAUGCCAGUCAGCUCCAGGAAUUGCGCUUCGAUGAACGGUUUGACCUUGGGUCGCACGUGCUACAUACUGGUUGGACUGGAGCGAGACUGGGCCUCUGCAUUGCAAACGUGCAUCAAACACGGCAUGCAGCCCGUCAUGAUCAGUGACGUCAUUCAGCUCGGGCAAGUCGUGGAUUUUCUCAAAAAUAAAUCAAAUUCUGGCGUCUGGACUGGAGGCAAAAGUUUACCGGAUAUGACGUUCGUGUGGGACGUCAACAACAUUCCCGUCAACCUUGAGCUGGUGCAUGACGUCACCAACACCACGCGUGAGGCCAACUAUUGUCUGGCCUUGACCUUGAACUCAACUCUGGUCAAGCGCCCGUGCGAGCAGCAGCUUGACGUGCUCUGUAUGAAAGACGACCUGUUGGCCCAGACUGUACUAGACCUGUUGGCCCAGACUGUACUAGACCUGUUGGCCCAGACUGUAUCAGACCUGUUGGCCCAGACCUGUUGGCCCAGACCUGUUGGCCCAGACUGUACCAGACCUGUUGGCCCAGACCUGUUAGCCCAGACUGUAUUAGACUUGUUGGCCCAGACCUACCUGUUGGCCCAGACUGUAUUAGACUUGUUGGCCCAGACCUGUUGGCCCAGACCUGUUGGCCCAGACCUGUUGGCCCAGACUGUACUAGACCUGUUGGCCCAGACUGUACUAGACCUGUUCGCCAGACCUGUUGGCCCAGACUGUAUCAGACCUGUUGGCCCAGACCUGUUGGCCCAGACUGUACUAGACCUGUUGGCCAGACCUGUUGGCCCAGACUGUAUCAGACCUGUUGGCCCAGACCUGUUGGCCCAGACUGUACUAGACUUGUUGGCCAGACCUGUUGGCCCAGACCUGUUGGCCCAGACUGUACUAGACUUUUUGGCCAGACCUAUUGGCCCAGACUGUACUAGACCUGUUGGCCCAGACCUGUUGGCCCAGACUGUAUUAGACCUGUUGGCCAGACCUGUUGGCUCAGACUAUCCCGUGUGGCUAGGAGAGAAGGUCGUGUGCCGGUGUAAACGUGGCCAGUGCAACUCUAGCGGGGAGUGUAUCGCAACCACAUGCCAGGCUGGAUGGUUCGGCCCGGCUUGCCAGAUAAAAGACCACGUGCACGAGGGUACAUUCGUCCCACGAGAGCUCAUGGACGAUAACGUCACGACCUGCAUCCAGACCAACUACCUCAAGGUCCAGUUUGGUGACGUCAAGUUCAUCGCUUGGGUCAGCCUAGUGCACAAUAACAAAGAUAGCCUGCAUGACCUGACGAUGACCUUGUCAAAUGACCUAGAGACCUCCUACAACUGCACCGAGCUGCGGCUGCUGAAUGUGGAGGAGACUGUGGUGGAUGUCCGGUGUGGGCGUGGCAUCCACUACGUGCAGCGGGUGGAGCUGAGGUGGAGCACCAACAAGACGCUGUGCUCGCUCCACGUGGCAGGCGGCGUGAACUCGGCCUUGCGGCAGAAGACGGAGAUGUCCCGUACGGGCGGGGUGGAGCUGUCCCACUACUCCGUGGACGGGGAGACGGGGCUGGGGGCGGAGUGCGCCAGGACCCAGGAAGAGGACCCCACAGCCUACUGGAAGUUGACCUUUGACAAGCCACGCCUCGUCUACGAGAUCAUCGUCCACAGGGCGUCACGUCGGCACGACUGGAGCUUCAUGGACGGCUUCCUCCUGGAGAGCUAUGACGUCAGCGGCCGGACGGUACACACCGCCAGAGGGGUGGGGCACACCACGCAUCUCCAGGCCCACAUCCACACCUGCUCUACUGCACCUGUACUUACCAUAGUUAUGAACGUCAUGGGUCUGCACAACUCGCUAGAGAUUUGCGAGUUCGAAACCUACGGCGACUGUGCCCCGCCCUACUACGGCUACGGAUGUGCAUCUGAGUGCAACCAACUCUGCCUUGACCGGAAGUGCCACUACAACGGCUUCUGCUACGAUUGUGAACUGGGUAAAUCAGGGGACUACUGCGAGACAGACCCCAGAUCGAACCCCACCCAGCCCCUGAGCUCCUACUUCUGGGAUAUCGUGACCUUGCUGGGUUACCUGGUGACCUUUGGCCUCGUCAUGUGGCUCCUCUUCUACCUGAGCCAGCGCUACAGCAAGAAGCGGGCCAGGAGACGGCUCUCACGACGAAUGAGCACUGGACGUAAACCCCAAACCCCGCCCAAACCCCCCAUCGAGCCCCACCCUGACGAGAGCGGCCUCUCCCUCGGGAAGACAGAGUCAAAGGCAACGGAAAUGACGUCAGCAACAACUAGCACACAGUCUUCUGAAGGGACGGGAACUUCAGCCUAA